AACCCUCCAGCCCCUCUGUGGAUCUGUGGCCCUCAUCAGGACAGUGGCAGAGGCAGAGCUGUCGGGGACCGGACCAGGCAGCAGGGCUCCAUGAGCGCCACGGGGCAGCAGCGGGGGGGUCUGCGUUCCCGCCGAGGUCUUGGCCGGGACAAGGACCCUGGGCAGGGCAUGGGUAUGGAGGCAACCUGCUGGCUGGCCCCCGGAGUGCUGCGUAGGCUGAUCGAGCUGCCCUCACCCCCUCUGUCUCGACACCAGCUCAAGAGACUGGAGGAGCACAGGUACAGCAGCGCUGGACGUUCCCUGCUGGAGCCUCUGAUGCAGCGUUACUGGGAGUGGCUGGUGGGCAGAGUCCCGGCCUGGAUCGCCCCCAACCUCAUCACCAUCAUCGGCCUGGCCACCAACGUCUUCACCACCCUCGUCCUCGUCUAUUACUGUCCAACUGCCACUGAGCAGGCUCCUCUGUGGGCGUACCUGUUGUGUGCGGUGGGUCUGUUCAUCUACCAGUCAUUGGACGCCAUCGAUGGGAAGCAGGCCAGACGCACCAAUAGCAGCUCUCCGCUGGGCGAACUGUUCGACCACGGCUGUGACUCCCUCUCCACCGUGUUUGUGGUGUUGGGAACCAGUAUAGCAGUGCAGCUGGGAACCAACCCAGACUGGAUGUUCUUCUGCUGCUUUGCCGGGAUGUUCAUGUUCUACUGCGCCCACUGGCAGACAUACGUGUCGGGAACGCUGCGCUUUGGCAUCAUUGAUGUGACUGAGGUGCAAAUCUUCAUUAUAAUCAUGUAUUUGCUGGCCGCCGUGGGAGGAUCUGCUUUUUGGCAGUCACUGAUUCCGAUCCUAAAUAUCCAGAUGAAAAUGGUUCCUGCCAUCUGCACGUUUUUAGGAGCCAUCUUCUCCUGCACCAAUUACUUCAGAGUUAUUUUUACAGGAGGUGUGGGCAAAAACGGAUCCACAAUAGCGGGAACCAGCGUCCUCUCUCCAGUCCUACACAUUGGCUCCGUCAUCAUUUUGGCCAUGAUGAUUUACAAGAAGUCCGCUGUGCAGCUCUUUGAGAAACAUCCGUGUCUUUACAUCCUGGCGUUCGGCUUCGUCUCGGCCAAAAUCACCAAUAAAUUAGUUGUAGCACAUAUGACAAAAAGUGAGAUGCAUCUCCACGAUUUAGCCUUCCUGGGACCAGGACUCCUGUUCCUGGAUCAGUAUUUCAAUAGUUUUAUCGACGAGUACCUGGUGCUCUGGAUUGCACUGAUCAUUUCCUUGUUUGACUUGGUGCGUUACUGUGUCAGUGUUUGCAACCAGAUUGCCUGCCAUCUUCACAUUUUUGUUUUCAAAAUCAAGCCUUGUUCAGUGCUCAGUUCUGCUGCUCACUGAGGACACGCUGGCCAUUACUGACUCUGUCCCGCCCCGAUAGUCGCACUCAUCUUUUCUUCCCUGUUUUCCACGUAGAGAUGCAGGGGGUGACGUGGUGUAAAGUAUGUGCUUCUGCCAACUGAAUGUGAGGACAAAUAAUAUAUAUUAAGAUACUGGAAUAUUACUGUCAUUGUUUCUUUUUCACCAGUGCAGAGUUGAAUUUGUACCAGUUUCAUCUUCUGCCCCAGUAAUAAGAAAUCUCCUUCUGACAAACUGACGGUUCCACAGAGCAGAUGUUUCAGGUGCUACUCGCUGAGUUCAAGGAGAGAAACUUACGUGUGUUUUAACUGUUCAUGUGCAAGAAAAUGUAUAGGUAUGACUCUUUGCUUUUCAUGAUUAUAAUUUUUGUAAUAUUUGCGUAACUUUACCUUUUUGCUAUUGUAAAUACCAAACUGUUGCAGUGUCUGUGCUUCUUUUAAGUUAAAAACAAAUCCUGCUUUGACACAUUUAUAAACCCUUCCUUCAUGUAUUUUAAAGCGGCCUCAUCCUCUGCGCGUCAUGAAAACUGUGCCGCUGUUUCACGGCAGCAAGACGAUGUUCUGGAGGAAAAGCUUAACGUCGACUUCACGUCCUCGAAGUGCAAACUUGCAAAAAUAGUCACUGCCAGUGUUUUCUUGGUUACAUUUGCACAUUUGGUCAAGUUCAGGCGGGACUUUUGUGUUUGUUUAUUGUCCUAUUACUGGCUUAUAUGUUAUAUGUCCAUGGUAUUCGAUUUUCUCUCUCUGACUGAUGUUUGUAGCUCUGCAGGUGUUAAUCAAAGGUCCAAACGUUACUGACUGGACUUCUGAUCUCAACAGAGAACUCAGCUGCUCAGGGUUUCUCACAUUUUGCAGCUGAUCAGAGCAAAGAUCAAGACGUUUUAUAGUGGAGAUGCACAAUGUGGCGGCUUUCAUUCAGUACUAUCAGGUUUCAGAUCACUCCUCCAGCUGUUACUCUGCUCUUCCGCACUCCUCAUCCAUUUACUUGAUUUCAUAUUUCAGUAGUGUCAAUAAAUCCCAUGAAAAGACCAAAACCAGUGUGUUAGUCCACUGGUAUGUUUGUUACUACUGAAGAUAAAACCUGUAAAAACAGCUUGCAGUUUAUGGUUUAAUCAGUCAGUCAUGUCCUCAAAUGGGUCAUACUUGUGUGUUUUAGCAAACAAAACAGAAGAAAUGGUGCGUUUGUGCUCUAGUAUUCCAAUCAAAUGUUUCUCUCUUGAUCCUGUCAGUCCUUUACCCACACUUCACGUGUUAAAGUUUAUAAAAUCACUCCAGUGUUUAUGCUUGACAACUGAAUAGAUCUGCAUUAAGAAAAAUGCUGCAUUUCUGCGUCAAAGUUGUUUGCUCUAUAGAUGUUCAGGAACCUUGUUGUACAGCUCCACUGUCUAAAAUGUAGUGUGGAAUGAGGAAGAUAAACUGUCACUCCACCAGCUCCAAUAGAUGGUGAAGACCUAAGUUCUCCACCUGCAUGUCAGUAAAUGUAGUCUUGAUCAGCUGUAGUACCUGGUUGUUUCACCAGGUGGAGCCUCUUACUGUUUAAUACUGUAGAGACCAGAGGAGGCGUCGCUGAGACUACGGGCAGCAAAUGUUGGCAAGCAGAGAGCAUUGUGGGGGUUUAGAUGGCAAUAGGCACCAUGACAAAGACCUCUGUGACAUUUAAUGACCUCAGACAGAGCUGAUGUGUUUAAGACAAACUCGGAUCAACAAGGAUGGAGUUUUUGUAUGAAAGUCAUACAAAACAGAACUCUGACUCAAACAUCAAAAUCAGCACAAGACAAAUAUUCACUGUACUCAACUUGUGUUAUUGAUGAAUACAGUGUUGAUGAAUAUUGCUACUGAUUGUCGUUGAAGAAAAUUGUACAAAAUCUGCACUCAUGGCAAGAAAUUGUGUUCUCCUUUUACAGCACCUGUACGAUAACAAACAUAAAGAAUCGGGCUGAGGUUUGUGCUAAUCAGCUAAGAAAAUGCGUUGAGUGUGGUCUUUCUGUGUGGAACAUCCUGUGAUUUACAGGAUCAGAGUGGGGGGGGUUUUGGAUGGAAAAUGCGGUUUUCAGUAUCGUACAACAGUAAGAGGCUCCACCUGGUGGAACAACCAGGUAGUGCAGCUGAUUUACAACACAUUUACUGACAGGCACGACCUGCUUCUAUUCUGACUCAGUGGAUGUAGACUGCAUGUAUAAACCGGCCACUGGUUGUUCAUUUUCAUUGCAUUUGUUACCAUAUUAAAAUGCAUUUCUUAUAAUAUAUUUCAUCUCCCUGCUGCCAAUGUUCCACCAAAACAAAUAUUAUUUUAAGAAACACCAAAGCUGCAUCCUUUGCUUAGCUCCUCCCAUGACAGCUGUGAUUGUUCUGAACAAAUACAAAGUGUUCAGUGUUUUUUCCUUCUAUAGCAGAAUGAUAAGCUGCAGUCAGACCAUUCUAUACGACUGAGUGGUCUGACCAGGCGACUGAUUCUGCCUUAUUGGUUAAUUUGUGUUUAAUUAGUUAUUUGUCGCCGUUUGCUGAAUAACUCACAAGUGGCUAAGCUUUUUUUAACCAAAACAAUACAAUUGAUUGACAAAUGAAAAUAUUUUGUCUGAGUCAAGAAAGAAAAAUCUUUUCAUGCUGAGUUUCUCCUUCUGUACAGUGUAGUUUUUACCGAUAACUAAACCACAGAGGAAUGAAAUCUAUCCGGCUCUGAAACACAGAUUUGAACUGUGGAUGUUUGGGGUUUUUUUCAUGGGAUUUAUUGAAGAUACAGAAUCAUCAAACAUUAUUUAAAAUGAACAACGUGUGUUGCAGCUUCCCUGUUAAAGUGUUAAAAUCUGGUCGGCGUUAUUUUUCCUCCAUAACGUGGUCACGUGGCGACUGAGCAGGAGAUGAGGUCACACGAUGACGUCACGGUUUUUACGGUGGUGACUGAUGAGAAUCAGUUCAAACUUAAUAAAAGUCUGUUUAUUUGAAGUGUGGCUGCCGCUCGCUCUGCCUCCACCUCUGAUACUGUUACAGCAGCUCCACGUUUGUCCUCAACAGAUGACCGUAGUUUUUUUUUCUUUGCUUUUGCAUAUUGUGCCUGUUUUAUUUAUGUUUUCUCCACCUGCUGACUCUGUUACUGUUGCUGCCUCUGCGCUUUGUUUAAAAUGAUCUACGAUGCCAAAUGUCCACUGUAGUGAGAGUCAUUCAUGAACAGGGUCCUAAGUGCAACGCGAUGAGUUCAGGUUCAGUUAUCUGGAUAGAAAAAAGGUUGUUGCUAGAGGUACGGACCCGUACCCGUAGCCUGUGGCCUACAGAUACGGCACUUUCCAUUUGCCAAUCAGAUACACGAGAUCUGGUCACGUGACUCCCGGUAGACGCUAGCGGUACGGACCUGUAGCAUCGGUACUACAGGUACGGACCCUAAACCUAACCCUAAUCUUAACCUUUGCUUACCUUUCAACAGUUUGCAGUGGUUAGCAGCUUCUUGACUCGCGAGACUCGCGUACGGGUCCGUAUCUGUCUGGAAAAUGGAAAGUGCCGUAUCUGUAGCCCACAGGCUACGGGUACGGGUCCGUAUCUGUAGACACUACCUAGAAAAAAGACUGUUGGCCAAACAAAGACUUCCACACACUGGUGUUAAAGGGCAGCUUCACCCAAAUCAUAGAAAAGUUCAUCCUCUAAUGACUGAAGAUGGAAUAUUAAGGGUUAUUCCUCUGAACUCCAGACAGUUUCUACACAUUUUUCUUCACUGUUGGUUCAUUUUUCGCUGCACUAUAAAGUCCUGAUCCUCUAUGGAAACACAACAACCCUGAAGAAGGAGAGAAAACUCAGAAAUGUAUUCUGAGUUUAACACAGAAUGACAGAAACCAGACAACUAAAAAAAUUCUGAUCAUUUAAUUUACAAAAAUCAAAACAACGUGGGAUAAACACAUGUAGCAUUUGGUCUAUUGGUGCCACCAACACUGGAAAACAAAUGGAGGCUCCACAGACUGUAGAGCAGUAAGACACUGCCUGCAGCUCAGCCAAGUCAGUAAUUCCUCAAUAGCUGCACUGAGGAGCUCAGAAUUUAAUAGUUUUUACAGAAUCUGGUUUAAAAACAAUUGAUUUUUGAUUUCCCCCCCCCCCAAUGAUACAUGUAGAAUAAAAUGAUUUUAAUAUAAAUUAUCAUGUUUUCAGGCUUAGGUUUAGUUAAGUUUUAUGAAAUGAAACCAAAAUCACACGAGUAGUUUAAGGACUAGUCUGAAAGUUGGAAAAACUGAUGAUUCUUUCAGUUUUUGCAGUUUCUGGCUGAUUAAUGGUGGGAUAUUGGUGCCAUCAUGUUUUGGAGUUCAGAGAUUUAUUAUAGUGGAUCACUGAUGAGAAUUACGUGAUCAUUCUGAGCAAAAAGCUGUACUUAAAAUAAACAAGGACAAAAGUCAAAAUGAGAAUCAAGAGGUGCAUUUUGGAAACUUUAAGUGUAAUCUCAUAGUUGCAGGAAGAAAAAAUCGAAUGUCUAGACCUUUUCAGGGAAUGUAAUUGAAAAUACUCUGAAAAUAAAUUCACAAUUUUGCAAAAUUAGUGUGACAUGUCAAGAAUUAAGUCCAAGUAGUUUGAGAAAAUGAGGCAAAGUGUUGCAAAAGGAAGCUAUAUUUCCAAAAGUCCCAAUUUACAGGAAAUUUUGCAAUGCUGGGAGAGCAAAAUUGUCAAUAUCAGAAUAAAAUGAGAACUGUUGCAAUAUUUUGAGAAUAUAUUGAUGGAGAAACGAUGAAAAGAGAUGCUGCUACGAGGUAGAAAAUAUAAUAUUCAGAUGAUAAAGACGUGUUUUAAAGAGUAGAAAAAUUUGCUUUUACAAAAUAAGCUGCAAUAUGAGAAUAAAGGUGUAAUUUUACAAGAGAAUGGCUGUAAUAUUAUGGGAAUAAAGAAUAAAAUGAUUGUUAAUAACAGAUGAGAGUACUAUGAGGCAAACAUUUCAGCAUUUUAGCCAUUUCAGUUUAGUCCAGAAUAUUAAGAAAAAUUUGAUAUUUUCAAGAUUUUCUUUCUUUUUGUGAGAAAAAAUAUUUUAUGAAGACAAAGCUGUGAUUUUAAAAGAGAAAUAGUUGUUUCUUUCUGAUUAUUGCUCAAAAUCUGUAAACUAACUAAAUUCUUUGCAUUUUAUUUUGCUUAAAUGCGGACAGGAAACACUAAAACCUGAUUAACGUGGAGUUUUCUUGUGAUUUGGGUGAACGGAGCCUUUACAUGAACACGUUUUGCAGGCAGUGAACAGAUCAGUGUUGACUCUCAGUCCCAGAAUGUCACAUAGGUUUUUUUUGUUUGUUUAUUUUUACAGUGUUUUAGGAGGAAAUGAAAAUGCAUGUGUAGUUUCUGCUGAGAGUCUUUGUCCAGCCUCUGGUCGUCUGGUUCCUGCUAAAGAGUUUGCCUUAAACACUGUUUCUGCUGAGGUUUGUGUUGUGUUGGCCGGACGCCACGCUCAGGUAUCUCACCGUCACAGUGUGUUCUUGUGGACGAGUGCAGGAAACGAGACGCCUGACAAUCUCUCCUCCACCUACCAAUGCAAAUAAAUGUCAUACUCUCACCUGGA